CCCUGGAGGUUUUCAUAUCCAAAAUCAUUGUAUUUCUCUCAAGUCUCAUUAUACAUAAACCUGUAUAGAUUAUUAGUGUUGAUGAUUACAAGUAGUAAAGCUUGGACAAUGCAGAGAAUGAAACAUAUGUUGGUGCUUGUGUUGGUUGUACUUUGUGCUUCAGCUAAACCUCAUGCUGCUCUGUCCAUUAUUGAUGGAUUGUUGCCUAAUGGUAACUUUGAGUUCGGACCAAAGCCACAGCAAUUGAAGGGCACCAAAGUGAUGGAUCCCCAUGCCAUACCCAACUGGGAAACCUCAGGGUACGUAGAGUACAUCAAAUCGGGUCAAAAACAAGGAGACAUGUUGUUGGUGGUGCCCGAGGGAGCCUUUGCAGUUCGUCUAGGUGAUGAAGCUUCAAUUAAAACCAAAGUUAAGGUUGUCAAUGGAAUGUUCUAUGCCCUUACAUUCAGUGCUGCUAGAACUUGUGCACAAGAAGAAAAGUUAAAUGUUUCAGUGUCACCAAACAGUGAGGAAAAGGACUGGGGAAUUCUGCCAAUGCAAACUAUGUAUAGCAGUGAUGGCUGGGAUUCAUAUUCUUGGGGAUUCUUGGCAGAGUCCAAUCAAAUUGAGAUUACGAUCCAUAAUCCAGGCAUGGAGAAAGACCCGGCCUGUGGUCCACUUAUUGAUUCCGUUGCUUUGAAGACUCUGACCUCUCCAAAAAGAACUAGAGCUAAUAUGUUGAAAAAUGGAAAUUUCGAAGAGGGUCCUUACAUAUUUCCUAACACAUCAUGGGGUGCACUAAUCCCUCCCAACAUUGAGGAUGAUCACUCCCCAUUACCCGGCUGGAUGGUCGAGUCUCUCAAGGCUGUAAAAUACAUUGACAUCGCACAUUUUGCAGUGCCUGAGGGCAAAAGAGCAGUUGAACUUGUUGCUGGAAAAGAAAGUGCAUUAGCACAAGUGGUAAAGACCACACCAGGCAAAGUCUAUGAUCUCACAUUCUCCGUGGGGGACGCUAAGAACUCUUGUGAAGAUUCCAUGAUAAUUGAGGCAUUUGCUGCAAAAUCCACACUUCAAGUCCCUUAUCAGUCCACGGGUAAGGGUGGAUUCAAGAAAGCAAAACUCCGGUUCAAGGCCGUGUCUCCAAGGACAAGAGUUAGAUUUUUGAGCACAUAUUAUCACAUGAAGAGUGACCAUUCUGGUUCUCUCUGUGGUCCAGUGAUCGAUGAUGUUAAAUUGCUAAGCGUUCGUUACCCUGGACGAGCAUGAACAAUUAUUUCAUGAAGAAGUUCUUGUCAGUCUUGGUGAAGAAUGAAGAAUGAAGAUCACAUUGCAGUGCUUGUUACACUGCGUAUAUGAAGACUGAUGAGCAGAUCGUAUUGAAUAUUUUCUUAUUAUUAAUUAAGAUGGUGUGUUUCUUUCGUUGUAACAUAAAGUGCGGAAAAAGAGUGUUAUAUUUUAGAA